AGGCAGAAAAGCUCGGCGCUCGCGAUAACUUGCGGCUCCGCCCCGUCUCGGGGCGACGCCCUCGCCGCCCUGUUUAUUGUGGGCAGGCGUUUGCGGCAGAGGUCCGGCGAGCCGGUUUCUUGGACUCUCAAGACUGUGUUUCUGAGCUGCGUGACUUUAUGAGAUUAGGAGUUUCGGUCCUCGCAUCCUGUGUUUGAAGGACACCCAACUCCAGCUCGUCUUGCUGGUGCCUCUGGUCUGCAUCUAUGACCAGGCCUUCAGAGUGACUGGCCUGUCUUGAUGUCCUCCCCAAAAUUGGAACAUCCGAGGACCUUUCCAUCCGCAAAGCAGGGUCCAGAACUCACACAGGAGGAUGCCCCUCUUCUUCCGGAAGCGGAAAGCCAGUGAGGAGGCUCGGAAACGCCUGGAGUACCAGAUGUGUCUGGCAAAAGAAGCUGGGGCAGAUGACAUUCUUGACAUCUCUAAAUGUGAACUCUCCGAGAUUCCAUUGGGGGUUUUCUCAACGUGCAAAGUUCUGCAGAAAAAGGUGUUGAUCGUGCAUACAAACCAUCUCACCUCCUUGCUUCCCAAGUCCUGCAGCCUCUUGAGCCUUGCCACCAUCAAGGUUCUGGAUCUCCAUGACAACCAGCUGACAGCCCUUCCUGAUGACAUGGGGCAGCUGACAGCCUUGCAGGUCUUGAACGUGGAAAGGAAUCAACUGACACAUCUGCCACGCUCUAUUGGGAACCUGCUUCAGCUCCAGACCCUCAUUGUGAAAGACAACAAGCUGAGGGAACUUCCUGACACCCUGGGAGAGCUGCGAAGCCUGCGUACCCUCGACAUCAGUGGGAACGAAGUUCGGAGACUGCCGCAGAUGCUGGCUCACGUGCGGACACUGGAGACGCUGAGCCUUGAUGCCCUGUCCAUGGUCUACCCGCCGCCAGAGGUGUGUGGCGCUGGCACUGCGGCCGUGCAGCAGUUCCUUUGCAAAGAGUCAGGACUGGAAUACUACCCUCCUUCUCAGUACCUACUGCCAGUCCUGGAGCAAGACGGAGCUGAGACCUCCCAGGACAGCCCCGACGGACCCAUCAACAGAUUGUCCAGGGAGGAGGCUGAAUGGCAGAACCGGUUCUCAGACUACGAGAGGAGAAAGGAGCAGAAGAUGCUGGAGAAGCUGGAGUUCGAGCGGCGCCUGGACCUCGGGCAGCGAGAGCAUGCUGAGCUCCUGCAGCAGAGCCACAGUCACAAGGACGAGAUCCUGCAGUCCGUCAAGCAGGAGCAGACACGGCUGGAGCAGGGCCUGAGUGAGCGCCAGCGCUGUCUGGACGCAGAACGGCAGCAGCUGCAGGCGCAGCUGAAGCAGACGGAGCAGAGCAUUGCCAGCCGCAUCCACAGACUCCUGCAGGACAAUCAGAGGCAGAAGAAGAGUUCUGAGAUCCUAAAAUCGCUCGAGAAUGAGAGAAUAAGAAUGGAACAGUUGAUGUCCAUAACGCAGGAGGAGACAGAGAACCUGAGGCAGCGUGAGAUCGCCUCCGCCAUGCAGCAGAUGCUGACCGAGAGCUGCAAGAGCCGGCUCAUCCAGAUGGCCUAUGAGUCUCAGAGGCAGAGCCUGGUCCAGCAGGCCUGUUCCAGCAUGGCUGAAAUGGACCAGCGGUUCCAGCAGAUUCUGUCAUGGCAACAGAUGGAUCAGAACAAAGCCAUCAGCCACAUCCUUCAGGAGAGUAUGAUCCAGAGGGCUGCGUUCGAGGCUCUCCAGGUGAAGCGAGACCUGGCACACCGGCAGAUCAGGAACCAGAUUAGGCUAAUAGAAACUGAGUUACUGCAGCUGACACAGCUGGAGUUAAAGAGGAAGUCCCUGGACACAGAGACGCUUCAGGAGAUGGUCUCAGAGCAGCGCCGGGCACUCAGCAACCUGCUCCAGCAACUACUCAAGGAAAAGAAGCAGCGAGAAGAAGAACUCCAUGACAUCCUGGUGGAAUUAGAAGCCAAGAGUGAAACCAAGCAGGAAAAUUACUGGCUUAUUCAGUACCAACGGCUUUUGAACCAGAAGCCUUUGUCCUUGAAGCUGCAGGAAGAAGGCAUGGAGCGCCAGCUGGUGGCCCUGCUGGCGGAGCUGUCUGCCGAGCACUACCUGCCCAUCUUCGCCCACCACCGCAUCUCCUUGGCCAUGCUGAGCCGAAUGAGCCCUGGAGACCUGGCUAAGGUGGGCGUCUCAGAAGCAGGCCUGCAACAUGAGAUCCUACAGAGAGCCCGGAACCUUCUGGAUGUGGCCAGGAUCAAACCAGAGUUGAAACCAGCCAAGGAUGAGGUCCUUGGUGUCCUGGAGACCCCUGCUGCCCCUCGGGAGCCUCCCGAGUCGGUGAGACCCUCUGCUCCCCCAGCGGAACUGGACAUGCCAACUGCAGAGUGUGUUGUGUGCCUGGAACGUGAGGCCCAGAUGGUCUUCCUCGCCUGUGGCCAUGUCUGCUGCUGCCAGCAGUGUUGCCAGCCACUGCGCACCUGCCCGCUGUGCCGCCAGGAGAUCUCCCAGCGCCUGCGGAUCUACCACAGCAGCUGAACGCGCAGCCGCGCACCAGCCAUUGCUCGGCACCAUCUCCACUGCUGGGCUCCCACGCACCCACGCUCCCCAGACUAGGGCGAGACUGCCAUGGCCUUCUGCCGCCACCUGCCAACCCCAGCGCCUCGAGCUCCAGGCAGGCAGGUCGGGUGUUCCUGGUCUGUGAUUUAGUAGCUGUUCUGGACAGGGAACAGGAAACGGGGCAUAUCUGCUGGUGAUGAACUUCGUGGCAUAGGGAGGUGGCCGUGCCACCAGCAGGACUCGGGAAUCCACGUCACUAGGCAAGCCUUAGCACCACACCCUGCUGUGGCGGCCUGAGGUGGGGCGAUGCCCUGGGAAGGGGUGGGCUGCGCAGGACCACUCCCAGCCUCCUCUGCUGCUUUCUCAAUACCUGCCCUCCCGUAUCUGCAGCCCACACAGGCAGGCUGAGUCAGCGCAGGAACACUAAUAAAUCUGAGCUCCUCCCUGA